AUGGGUAUACUUGACGAUAUGAAUCAUUUGAAAAAUAAACGUAUUCGUUCUGUAGCGGAUCUUUUACAAGAUCAAUUCGGAUUGGCCCUGGUUCGUUUAGAAAAUAUGGUUAGAGGAACUAUGAGUGGGGCAAUUAGGCAUAAAUUGAUACCGACCCCUCAGAAUUUGGUAACUUCAACUACAUUAACAACAACUUUUGAAUCUUUUUUCGGAUUACACCCAUUAUCUCAAGUUUUGGAUCGAACUAAUCCAUUGACACAAAUAGUUCAUGGGAGAAAAUUGAGUUAUCUGGGCCCUGGAGGAUUGACAGGACGAACUGCUAGUUUUCGGAUACGCGAUAUCCACCCUAGUCACUACGGACGCAUUUGUCCUAUUGAUACGUCCGAAGGAAUUAAUGUUGGACUUAUUGGAUCCUUAUCAAUUCAUGCGAGGAUUGGUCCUUGGGGAUCUCUAGAAAGUCCGUUUUAUGAAAUCUUUCUGACUUGCUCCUACGGAACCAAGGUCGAAAAGAUUGAGAAAAAUCAGUCAUUCACAACCACUGAUGAAGGAUUCCUCGAAAAGUUAAGGAUUAGUAAUCCUUUUUAG